AUGGCCCGCACCAAACAAGGUGUAUUUUCCUGGGAGGACGUGCUCGCCCAACGAUACCAGAGCAAUAAGCCCCCACCUCUCCAAGAACCUCGCCACCAAAUCCUCACAGCCACCCAACCCCAGCUCCAAUCCGGCUUGUUAUCGCGUUUAUUCCCGGAACUCCGCCUGAUAAUCUGGGAAUACGUCCUGGGUGGACGACGACUCCACAUAAUCCAGCGCGCUCAGCAACGACUUGGACACAUUGUAUGUCCGCACAGCGCGUCCUCAUUACCCUCACAAGAUAAAAACUUGUUAUAUCGGGCAAGCAAUUCGUCAUGCGAGAUAUGUCUUGGGACCGGAAUACCCCAGCCCAUAAAAGAUGCCGAUCUCCACGGCAGUGGAGAGAAGCUUCUAAGUCUUGCGCUGACAAGUCGGCAAAUGUAUAAAUCCUACCUUCACUUUCGCCUCUACAUCCACGUCCAUUUCCCCUUUCAUCUAUACCAGGAGUCUAUCCACCUCCUCUAUACCCUCAAUACCUUCGAGUUCAGUAAUCCCUGGACCUUACCAUAUCUGCAUCCUACGAUCCCUGAAGAAAAUUGGGACUGCAUACAUAACAUCGAAUUGCGCUGGUCAUUCCCCGGUCACUGGCUACCAUGCAAAGACCCCGUGCGAACGGUAUACGUCGCUGCAGGCCGGGCUGAAUGGCUCGAGACUUGUAAUGCACUGAAAACUCUUCCGAAGCUGCGAUCUUUUGUGCUCAUACUGAGUAAUCAAUGGUACAGCGAGCCAAAGGAAAAACUUCAUCUAUUCCUUGCACCUUUGCGUGGUCUACUUGUCCAGCGGUCGCGAAGGCUACCACUUCGAAGUGUGAAUAAAUUCAGCGAAGACAAGCGAGGUUCUCCGGGUUCUGGUUUCCGAUCUGCAUCUACAUCUACAGCUUCAUCGCCAUCCAUGUUUCCAUCUGCUGGGUCUGUAUCUGGAUCUGGAACAAGUUCAGAUGAAGAGUCAGGCUCUCUGAGUUCAAGCCCUGCGUCUGGCUCCAGGUUUCCUUUACGGGGAGAUACAGACAUGCGCUCAUAUUUCUACUCUUGUUCUGCGAGGGAUGCAUCAUCGUCACGAGCUUCAGUGCCCGUGGAUAUCGAGUCGGCAGGUUGGGAAUUGCACUUGCAGGCCCUGCCGUACUAUACGCAUGAGCUGGGUUGGGUGGGUGAUGAUCUUCGGCGGAGAGGGAUCGACUGUUACAUCUCGAUGAUGUGA